CGGUGCUGCCGCCCGGUACGCGCCGCUGAGAGUGGCCAGGCGGGCAGCCCGGCGGUGGCAGCGGCAGGCCCGAGGGCUCUGGCAGGACCCGGCGCCGCGCCGCACGGAGGCGGCGGGAGCAGCGGCCGGGCUCGGCGGGGGGAGGCGGGGCCGGGCGGGCGCUAGCGAGCGGCGGCGGCAGAGCGGCAGGGGCGCGGCGGCGGCAUGGCUUCGUCGCAGGGCAAGAACGAGCUGCGGUUCGCCGACUGGAUGGCAGCGCUGCCCAGCAGCAUCCACCGCACCCCACUCACCAACCUGGCCAUCCCAGGGUCUCAUGACUCAUUUAGCUUCUACAUUGAUGAAGCCUCUCCAGUUGGGCCUGAACAGCCAGAGACGGUCCAGAAUUUUGUGUCGGUUUUUGGGACUGUGGCUAAAAAGCUGAUGAGGAAGUGGCUGGCUACACAGACCAUGAACUUCACCAGCCAGCUGGGGGCAGGUAUAAGGUAUUUUGAUCUUAGAAUUUCCACCAAGCCCAGAGACCCAGACAACGAACUCUACUUUGCUCAUGGUUUAUUCAGUGCCAAAGUCAAGGAGGGUCUGGAAGAGAUCAAUGCAUUUCUCACUGACCACCCAAAAGAAGUGGUCUUCUUGGACUUCAAUCACUUCUAUGGGAUGCAGAAGUAUCAUCAUGAAAAGCUUGUCCAAAUGCUCAAAGACACGUAUGGGAACAAAAUGUGUCCUGCGAUAUUUGCCCAUGAAGUCAGCCUCCAGUACCUGUGGGAAAAGGAACACCAAGUGCUGGUGUUCUACCACAGUCCAGUGGCUCUCGAGGUACCAUUUCUUUGGCCAGGCCAGAUGAUGCCAGCUCCCUGGGCAAACACAACAGAUCCGGAAAAACUGAUCCAGUUCCUCCAGGCGUCAAUCACUGAAAGAAGAAAGAAGGGCUCCUUUUUUAUAUCUCAAGUAGUGCUGACACCAAAGGCUAGUACAGUGGUGAAGGGGGUUGCAAGUGGUCUCAGAGAAACAAUCACAGAAAGGGCUCUUCCUGCAAUGAUGCAGUGGGUCCGAACUCAGAAACCAGGAGAAGGUGGUGUGAAUAUUAUCACCGCAGAUUUUGUAGAACUCGGUGACUUUAUCAGCACAGUAAUAAAGCUCAACUAUGCCCUGGAUGAAGUCACACGUGAAAAAUUGCGACUGCAUUACACAACACAUGCAGUGUCUCAGCUGGUGUAAACCCACCUGGCUCUAUCUUCAAGUUUACACAGGAUGACAUGUUCAGUACUGAUCCAGCCUGCAGUGAUCUGGACCAAAUAGCAGCUGGUCCUGGAGUCUGAUUCCUGCCUUGCGCGCAGAGGGGUAAGAUCAGAAUCAGACCACAAGAGCCUAAUUUUAAAAUCAGUGGGUUAUUGCAUUCCUUUCUGUUGGUUACUUUACUGGUUUUGUAGGUCCUGCCAUAUCAAGCCAUCUUCUGAACAUACAUGUGUGUGUAUAUAUACAUACAUCUGUGAGAGGAAAUGUAUGACCUUGUAUGCUCAGCUAAGUCUUUCUGUCAUACUCAUACAAAUCUAGACCAUUUCUACUAACUUCAGAGUAGUUAUUAAACCUUUACCCUGGGAUGAGAGGGAGCAGAUAGUCAGUGUGUAGUAAGUAUAUGCUGUGUUGUGAAAGAAAUCUAAAAUUUUGGAGCUUUACUCCACGUAUCAAAAAAGUAGAGUACCCUGAAAACACUAGUCCAGUGCUGUUUAUCCUGACUGUAUUAUAUGGAGCAUUAGAUAUUAGCAACUGAGUAGGCUGUUUGGUCAUUUCAAGAGUUCAGGUAAUACUAUUUUAAACUUCUAAACUCCUUUUCAGUGAUGUAAAAGCUAGUAGUGUAUACGGUGUACUUACCAUAUCUCAGUGGUAGCUUCUGUGUUACAUACAAUCAAUGUUGUUCUGAAUUGUGUGUGUUCACCCAAUGAUGAGGUUAAAAUAUGCUGUAUAGUAUGUGCAAUGUAUUGAUUACAAGUAUGCUGGAGUUCAGUGAUCUAUUUUGUUUUUACUGUGCUGCUGUUUUGUAGGUUUGUGUGUGUAUGGGAGUAUGGAUUGUCUACAACUUGCAAGAAAAUAAUAAUAAAUCCUAAAGGGAAAGGACAGUUAUGUAACCUGCCUUAAUGCAUUCGUAUAAUAUUGUUUAAAUCCCAUAAUUAUCAGUUCUGAUUUCAAAUGUCAGUCCGUGGGGCUCACUUCUUGGCACUGAACAGUUAACUUCAAGUUACUUGGAGCUCACUUAUGGUAAAUAAGGAAUAGGAUGUUUGCCUGUUUUACUGCCUUGAUUGUAGGGGGUGGCAAAGACAUGCUUUCAAGUGUGAUACAGAUCAAAUCACUUCUGUACACACAGAGCUCCUGCUGAUGCUAGUGGAAAUUCUGAUCAUGUAUUUGAAUGGUCUAAAAUUCAUCUUUGGGGAUACAAUCAUGAUCGGAGGGUGGUGAUGCCCUGCCCUUGGGGAAGUGCCUGGAUACUGUGUAGUACUAUUACUGUCCUGUGCCGGAACAUAGCUGUAAAUUUGCUGGAAGAACUUUGAACUGUGCUCCACUCGAG